AUAUUGGUCAGGUGAGGAUUAAGGUAUUUAGUGCAUGAGGUUGUCGCUUCCAAGGUUUUGCUCUCAUUGUUCCGUGAACUCUUCAGGUAUUGAGUCGCCCGCGAGCGUCUAGAUAUUGGGAACAAGGUUGACAGUAAUUUAUUCAACAUGGCUGAGCCAACGGUAAUAUCAGGUGUCGCUGCAAAACUGCUCAAAAUUGUGGUUUUUGGAGCUACUGGUAGAACGGGAAAAGAAGUUGUAAAGCAAGCUCUGGAAAAGGGACACCAUGUAACUGCUGUUGUGAGAACACCCGAGAAAGUCGAUAUACAGCAUGAAAAUUUGUCAGUAGUGCAAGGUGAUGCCUGUGACGUGGAAACUUUUGCUAGUGCACUUGAAGGGAAAGAUGCUGUGUUGUCAUCUCUGGGAGUUUAUGCUAAUAUCUUCAACCCUACAACAUUCUACACCACAACUUUCAAUGAAAUAGCACAGGGAAUGAAAAGAAACAAAGUCACUAGACUAGUAACUGUCACAUCAUGGUGUACUCGGCCAGGACCAAAUAAUUCUUGGUUUGUGGAAUGGAUUCUAAAACCAAUCUUCCUUAAUGGUGUUAUCAAGAAUAUGGCAGAAAUGGAGGAACUGUUGGAGAGUUCUGAUCCUGAUCUUUUAAACUACACAAUUGUCAGGCCUUGUGGUCUAGGCUUAGGUGAAAAGACAGGAAAUUACAAGGUUGAAGAAGGGCAGUGUAACACUGGAACAACAAGCAAGAUCACUCGCGCAGAUGUUGCAGAUUUUAUGCUAAAAACUUUAGAAAGCAAUGAGUACGACAGGAAGGGAUUUGCAAUUGCUGGACUGUGAUUGAUAAUUUUUAUUGCCUUAUUGUCUUUCAUGAAAGGAAUGAGCACAGAGGAAUUUCUCCUAACAAUAUAAAUACAUUUUAAGGCAAAAAAGGUUGUAGAGAGAUAUAAAAAUACAUCAGCUUUAGGGAUAUUAUUUCAUUUAGCACCAAAUUAUUAGAGUUAAAUUAUUACAAAUGUAUGAGAGACAAUGCAAAUGAUUGAUAUUAAGAUUUUGGGAGUGGAAGAGUGAACAUAUCAUAAUGGCAGGAAUUUGCUGAUAAAUUCUUGAUAACUUAAGUUUCUGCUACAUAGCUUAACCCUUUAACUCCCAGAAGUGACUAACAUGAAACUUCUCCCUGUGAUUCCCAUAAGUUUCUAGCAAAUGGUUAAUGAGAAUACUAAAACUUAUCAGGAAGGAGCUUUUAUAUUGAUAUAACACCAAGUUCUCAUAACUAAUUUACAAGGAAUUGUGUAGCAGCAAGAGGAGAGAAUUAACAAUCAGAUCUUGAGAGUUAGAGUUAAAAAAUUUGAUAAUACCAUGGUUAUAAAAAUGCGGAAACUGUCAUGGAGUUGAUUUAUAAUGUAAACAAAGAAAGGCUCUGAGAUUGAUUGAGUGAUAUAUCCACAGUGGUAAGGUGAAGUAACAGAAGGUGAUAAGAGUGGUUUAUUGAUUGACCUGCAAUAGAGCCAAAACUAAUGGUACAUGUAACUACAAUCUUAAAAUCAGGUGUUUUAUUUCUUAGUUAGAGCUGACUUUUGUCACAAUUAAAAAAAUUAAAAGAGAAUACCUGAUCAAAGGUUAGAAUGAACAGCUGAAGAUACAUAUUGUAAACAGGUAUUGUUAAAUCUAUUUUGUGGUUUCCUCAAAAUUAAUGUGUUUAUAAAAAGUUUUUAAAAAAUGA